AUGAGCCAGACGCCAAAUGGAAAGACCUUUCUCUCCCACCCUUUCUGCCAGUCACUGCCCCCACGGCUGGGAUGGGGCAUGAUCUUCUGCCACGUGAAGCCGAAAAGCAAGGACGAGUGUGCCUCAGUCUCCAGUGUGCCUCCUGCCUUCCAUUUCAGUCCACAGCACUGUGUGCACCUCAAGAAGCAGUAUUUGAAAAAAGCCGCUGCAGACCUUACCUUCUCUCAGGAGGUGGUGUGGCAGCGAGGGCUGCCCAGCAUUCCUUACAGCCAAUACAGCUUUGAUCACCUCUACAAUGCAGACCACCUCAUCCAGGCUUCCAGGCUCAGGAAGGCUCGACCCAAGAAACCUAUCAGCUUCAAGUUCUCAGAUUCCUCAGGUCCCUCGGCAGAGGUCACCUCCCAGGCCGUGAAGACAGAAACCUCUGCCAAUCUUAAAAAGAAGCUGAAGCAAUCAAAGUCAGCAAGCAUAGUCCAGGGAAAACCUCGCCCUCGCAUCUUGCGUCCCUGCAGGGAACCAUCUCUGGUGGAUCUUUCUUCAGAUGUAGACCUUGGAGAGAGGGAAGCCUGGCUUCCACCUCCUGAGAAAGAGGCCAGAGCCUGGGAGGCUCUUGUGCUGGAAAGGCUGAACAAGCGCACAGCACGGUGGAUCACGAACAAGCGUCCUCUGAGGCCUGGGGUAUCCCCCAACAAGUGGCAAAGCUUCCUGCAUCAGCAGUAUGACUGGAGUCACAUCCGAGACGAGCUCACCUCUGCCAGUGACCUGGAGCUCCUGGAUAAGCUGGAGGCAGAAGAGGCAGCGGAGUUUGAGGACAAAAGCGUCAUUCUGCCCCAGGAGAAGAAACAGAAGCCAGAGCUGCUGCUUCCUGUUUACUACAGAUUGCCCAAUUACUUGCCACAAGUGCAGACAGCUGAAAUAGUGCCUGGCAACAAUAAGACUGCUGAGGACAUCAGUGGCAAGAUGAACAACUACCAGUCUCAAAACCAGAGCUCUUUCCGGCAGGUGAAUUUCCGAGCUGGAAAGUUUGCUUACUCCACAGACAACACCUUUGAACAGGAGAUUUACUUUGACAAUGUCCAGAUCAUCAAGAAGGCCGGUGCAAAAAGAGACCAAAUUUUUCUCGAAAACCUCAAUCAGUACAAUAAGCAGCUGCGCAAGGUCUUCCCUGAGACCCCAGAAAAGUGGAGUUUCCAGCCAAUUCCUGAAGCACCUUGUAGGCCCAUGAAAGGAGGUAUACGCUGGGCUGCUUUGCCUACCCCAGUCAAGGAUCUGCUGCUGCAAGUGGGUGAGGACACAUCCAUGAAGUCCAGCAGACAGCAGGAGGAGACAAAACCACUACAGGAGAAUGUGACCUGGGAACUGGCGGUCCUGCGGAGGAUGCUACAGGAAUGGAAGGCUGCCUGGUAUCUGAUCAUCGAGUGGUACCAUGAGACAGUGGAGAGCCUGCAACGGAGCCUGACAGACAUGCAUGAUGACACUCGUAUCCAAGCCAUCAUCACAUGUGCAAUGGCAGCUUUGGAGUGGCCCCGAAUUGCGACUAGCCAGGGAGACUCAGACCCACCAAUCCAGGACUUGCCGGAGGCUCUACAGCCCGCCCUGAGGGCUGCUCUCCAAGACAAGAAUGCUAACGUGCAGAUGGCGGCAGCAAUAUGCCAGUAUGCCAUACAGUCACAUAAUCCUCUUGCCCGGGACAUCAUGCAUACUGCCCUUUUGAAGGGUAAUAAUGUGGACAGCUGGGCUGCAGCUCAGUGCUUGGCUCUGGAAGGUGAUGCCACUCACCCCGUGAUAAAGAGAAUCCUCAAUCAGUUGUUCAACAAGAAGGACAAGGACACUGAAGAACAAGCUUGUAGCCUCCUGAACCAUCUCAGCGGGAAGACAACACUGAUACACACCAUGCUUGCUGUGGAGCUGAACAGCCAUCAAUGGAAGGACCGGAUUGUGGCCUGCCGGGCUCUGUCCCGGAUCAGUGGAAAUGUCAGUUUGGAUAUGAAACAGAAGUUGAUUGAAUUGAUGUGGAGUGACUGGAAUAAGCAAGUGAGGCAAGCAGCUGCCCAAGCUCUUGGGCAAAUGAGACUUGGGAAAGAGGUGCAUGACAAGAUCAGAGUCAAGCUAGGUCAAGGAAAUUCCCAGGAGCGUGUGGAAGCCCUCUCUCUGAUUGGUGGGCUCAAGCUCAUGACUGCCAAGCUUCUCCCAAACUUCCUCAACUGCUUCUCUGAUGACUUUGUGGCAGUGCGGCGGGAAGCCUGUUUGGCAGCUGGAGCUCUGCAGAUCCGUGACAACAUGGUGCUUGAAUGCCUCCUGAAUCUGACACAGAGAGAUCCCUACUGGAAAAUCAAGGCUUUUGCUAUUCGAGCUUUGGGACAGAUUGGCCAAGUGAGUCCCCAGCUGACAGAUCUCCUGCUCUGGGCUAUUCACUAUGAAGAAUCAGCAGGUGUACGACUGGAAGCUUGUCGUACCAUACUGGCCCUCAAAAUUCAGGGGGACCAGGUCAGAGACACUUUCCUAGACGUGCUGCUCCUAGAAAAUCAUGAAGCUGUUGUAAAGGAAAUUUACCAAGCAAUGAAGAUACUCAAUUUAGAAAAUGAAGGAAACCAAGAAAUGCUUCAGGAAAUCAAGACCAGGAUUCAGACACUAAGCCAAAAGGACUUGCUAAUGCAGAAAAUAUUCAAAAUCGAGGUGGUCAUGGGAAAAGUGAAGGAAGAAGCAAAACGUGUCUACUCACAACCCAAAGAGGGGAAAAAACCAUUGCAACUGAGUACUCUUCUCCAAGAAACUUUUCAGGGUGAGGUGCUUACUCCGAGAAGAUCAUCUGAGGUUUGUGACACUGAAACAGUCAUACAGGCUGUGAGGCCCCACGUGCCAAAUCCCUGGUCCCAGAGUCCAGUCCUGGUCCUCAACAGAAGAGGCAGAGCUCACCCAUCGCUUGUCAAGGAUCUACGCACCAUCCGGGAAAAAAGACUUGCAAUGGGGCCAUUUGGAUCUUCCAGCAGCUCAGUUCUCUAGCUGGGCCAAUGCUCAGAGAGAUUUUUUUUUUCCCCCCCCACCAUGUCAUGUCCUCCCUCCCUGGAAGAAAAGUUCCUGUCUCUAGGCUGA